GCAAGCCAUCAGGUGGUGUACUGCGCGCAUCGUCCGAUGUUGCCCACCAUCCUUCGCUGCUAUCGGUCUGCCCAUCCCAUCUACUCCAGCCCCGUGGCCCGCCUGGCCUCCCACAUGGAUGCGGCAAGGCCCGUGGAGGGCGCCAUCACCAGCAAACUGACAGACGCAUUUCAUCCGGAGCACCUGGAGGUGCACAAUGAAAGUCACAUGCAUGCCGUGCCCCCCGGCUCGGAAUCGCACUUUCGCGUGCUGGUUGUCAGCGGCCGCUUCCAGGGCCUGUCCCUGCUUCAGCGCCACCGUCUGGUCAACGAGGCCCUGAAAGUGGAGCUGAGCGCUCAUAUACACGCCCUGGCCAUCCAAGCCAAGACGCCGGAGCAGUGGCGCGGAGAUCCCAGCCUGGCCCAGAGCCCCCCUUGUUUGGGGGGCUCGCGCGGGGAUCGAUCUGUGGAAGACAAACUGAAAGCGGGCCAUUAACGGGGGCACUUCCUGGUGGACGUCGUGGACACUGUGUAUUUUAUUUUACUUUCAAUUUGAAUUUGUCAUCCUUUAUACAUCCACUGUAGCCUAAUAAAAAAUGUCAAUCCACAAAA